GUACUCGAGUACAGUCGACUAAUCAUUAAUUCUUCGCAAUCGCGAAAUCAGGCAGCAGUAACUCGCUUCCAAGAUGGGGGUUUUGGGCGUGUGCCUCAAAGUCUGCGGAUGGUUUCCCGUGGUUUUUAUCACAGCUGUUGUUCUCUGGUCUUAUUAUGCCUAUGUCGUGGAACUAUGUAUAUUUAUUCUCCUGGAUAGGAGUAUACCUCUCAUGUUACUGUACCUAGUGCUUUAUCACAUUUUCUUGGUGCUCUUUCUCUGCGCCUACUGGAAGACAAUAUGGACGUCACCAACAAAAGUACCGAGUGAGUUCUACUUAUCCAGCUCUGAGCUUCAGCAGUACGAAGCUGAGGAUCGCAGCGAAGAGAAGAUUGAGAUCUUGAAAAGCUUCGUGAGAGACAAACGACUGCCCAUAUGGACACGCACCUAUGGAGGAGGUAUGAGAUACUGUCACAUCUGUAAAUUGAUCAAGCCUGACAGGUGUCACCAUUGCUCUGUAUGCAAUGCCUGCAUACUUAAGAUGGACCACCACUGUCCGUGGGUCAACAACUGCGUCUGUUACAACAACUACAAGUUCUUUGUUCUCUUCUUGUUCUAUACGAUACUCUACUGCUUCUUUGUGGCUAUCACUGUUCUGCCGUACUUCAUUCAGUUCUGGCAGGGGAACCUUGGGGACAGAGCAGCCCGCAAGUUCCAAAUCGUUUUCCUCUUCUUUGCGGCGGUCAUGUUUUGCCUGAGCGUGCUGAUCUUGAUGUGUAUGCACACGCACCUUACACUCACCAAUCGAAGCACGCUCGAGUCAUUCCGUGCUCCUGUCUUCCGUCAUGGACCUGACAAGGAAGGCUUUAGCAGAGGGAGCUUCUGCGGUAACUUCAAGGAGGUCUUCGGAGACGAGAAGAAAUACUGGCUCAUUCCAAUUUUCACUAGCAAGGGUGACGGAGUGUCAUAUCCUGUCCAGGCAAGAGACCAGGACUCUGAUCGAUUGCUGGAAGGCGAUAUGGAAAGUGACAUAGGCAGCGGCCCAGAAACAGAAGACAGGGAUGCAGGUAAAAAGGGAAUCAGGGAGAGUAUAAAGACCAGCACCACUUACUCCACUAUGAACUCAAGUGGUGUGGCCGAGGGAGGAAAUAGGGACCAUGUCACUCUGCACAUGGACAAAGGGGAAGGAGCUCAGGUGAAUUUAGCCAUUGAGGGAGAUUCCACCAGAUAAACAAGCCUUGUGUGCAGAUAAAUAGUAGCUAUGUGGGUUUUUUAUGGUAUGUAGAACUUUAGGUUAGCGAAUAACAUGACCUCAAUGCAUGGUUCCUACUACUUAAAAUGUGAUCUGAUGUUGAAAGCUUUCUUGGGCGUUAAUGUCAAACUCCUUGUUAUACCACAUUCUUAAUUUUAAACACAAUGCAUGAAAUGCCUUGACAUCGUAGUGCAAAAGUAGAAAUUUGUUUGAAGUUUUCUUCAUUUGGUAAACUCUGGCCAAUAACGUGUGGACAGUUUUACGUUCUGUGCUCACAAUGCAGACCAGCCUAAUGAACUAGUUGUUCCUUGGUUGGCACGGUUACACAUAGGAAAAUAUUCCCAAAGGAUACAUUACACCACGCAGUGCUAUCAGGCUGCUCUCAGUCAGAUGUGAACAUAGCCGAGUGUGAAUUGGUCUGGUACAUCUUAGCAUUUACCAUAGUUGCCCAAUAGCGGUGUAACUCGGGGUGAAAUUUCUUGGAGAACCAGGGAGUGCAAACUUUUUUUUCAGGAGGCACAGAGCCAAUUACUGAUGAAAGCUAAUGAAACUUUAUACAUAGGCUAUUUACAUGUCAAAGUUUCAAAUAGGAGUAUUCAAGGGGCAUGGAUCUCCGCUAAAUGGGAGUGCCUAGUUACAAGUGUCUUCUCCCUCGUGUCCCUCGGAGAUACACAACUGUUUUGGAACAAAUGUUGAUGACAUUUUUCAACCGAUGGUUCACCUGGCCUUGAUAAACAGGACACUGAAAGCUGAUGAACAUCAGAGCACUUAAUCCCAAAACUAUAUUUGGUGCUGCAUGCACCCUCAUAUGUCAUGAAUUGACCUAUCACAAUGCUCGAUGAAUUCACUCAUAUUCAUUGGCUAGACCGGUUUGGCCUAAUAGGAAUUGAAAUGCAUUCCAUAUAUAUACGUGCAUAUGUGUUGAACAGAAGAUGCACAUCUGUUCAAAUGGUUGUCUGAAGCAUACAUGUAUUUACAUUUGAUAUUAAAACUCAGACUUUUAUAAAGUAAUCCAUAAGUUAACAAAAUAAUUUAUGUGAGCAGGUAAAAAAUGAACAUACAUGUAUGCCUCCAGCUUGGCCGAUACAGGUACAUGUAAGCAUUAUAUGUCAAUAAGUUAUGUCCAAGAGAUUAGAAUCAUUCAGUUUUAGUGCUGGUAACUUUUAGCAAUCCUUAUUGGAACUAUAGGGUCUUGUAUAUAAUGUGAACGGUGCAUUAUCACUGCUAGUACUACAUUAGUUAUUAUUCAAGAUAAUAUGAAUAAGGUACACAGCGUAUUCCAUUCAACAGCCUUGGUUGUGUAACAAAUUAGAUGUAUUGUACAUGUACAUAGUCAACUAAAUUGCUGAGUGGUAUAUUGGGGAUGGUGCAUUUGAUGACUUUCUGACUCGUGAGGGCAGCAGACAUUCCAUUCACUUCUCCAUGCAUUGGUCAGGGGGGGUUGGGGGUAAUCUGGCCUUAAUACCAUCUGCGUAUCGUAUCUUGAACUGACACGUUUCUAGGGAAAAUGGAUAUAGGUGGAACAUAGUCAUUUGUAGUUGUGUUGCUACCGCUGUAUUUGCUGUGCACCUCCCCCAUGGCAUCUCCAGAAAUCUUUGCUGAUUGAAAACAGCCACCCUCUUCCUCUUUAUGUUUAUUUUAUCCUCUAUCACUAAAAAGAAAAAAAAGUCUUGAGCAUUGAAGGGGGAACAGUGUUUUGGUGAUGUGUUUUGCGAGCAGCUGCAUAUGUGGCCUUCAAUUGUGGGUCACGUUCAUGGUUACAACUUCAGAAUCUGUUUUGUUUUAUGAAUGCCAAAACAUGAGUCUGCUCAGUGCUUUCAUAUAAAUCUUUGCCGUUGGCUCACAUGCAAAUGUUGAAUCAUGUAAAAGUUGAUGAGAAAUAAACUUCAUUCUGAAAGCUGUGUGGGAUAAAAAUUACUACGACAUUGUGAGCAGAAAGGGCUUUCUCAUGUUAUCCUAGGAGAAUCAAAGCAACCUUCCUCAGGUGUAAAUGGGAAUUCUGGCAUCCAGCCCCCAAAUUUGUCUUGAUAUUCUGUUGCCUUUUAGAGAUUUCUCAGGUGUCAGAUUUUUAAUGGUUCCAGUAGCUUAAACAGUGUCGCCUUCACAGCAGCAUUUGUUUAGCAAAAAUGUGGUUUGAAACAAGCCAGCUUGUUGUGUGUUGAAAAUUGUUGUGUUUGUACAAAAGCGUUUCAGGAGCAACGUGACAGUUUUGAUAUGUACGAGUUACGGGAUGAAUUACCUGCAAUCUUUGAGAAACUCUUUCUUCUUGUACAAAUUUACUGGUCCUGAUUUUUGUUACGCUGUUGUGAUAUGAGAGUGGCCUGGCCCCUGGUCCCCCCAUUUAUCAUGUGCAGUGCCCCCUUUCCUCUCCUCCACUAGGUGGAUGGGUCAAGUAUAUUUGAGUGUUUAGGGACAAGUUGUGUAGAAUAGAUAGUAUGGCAAAUGUGACCCAAUACCCCAAAACUAGGCUGAAGUAGGGAAAUUUGAUAUUUGACCAUUUCUCCUCAUGUUGAUAAAGUGAUCCUAAAGUUGAAAAAAAUUGUCUGCAGAAAGCUUUCAUAGUUAAGAGAGCAGGAGUUUGCAUUGUUCAUAUGAAUACUGUAUAAUUUUCCACCAAGUAGCUUAUUUACUCCUCAGCCUUAUCGUGGGACGGUCUGUUGACUCAUAGAUUGACUUGUGCGAGACUUGUGACUCAAUUCCAAGUAGGUUUUGAUGGGGUCGACCUGUGUGUAGGAGGAAUGACAGGGCAUGCUGAUUCCUAUUGAAUCUCUGCACACUGCAUCCCUUAACUUAGAGGGAAUUCUUUACCAGAUGUCCCAUUCCUGGUAUCCAUGCCUUGUUAGGAAACCACCGAUGACAUGCUUCAUUCUUUGUUCCCAAUCUUGGCCUCAAAGUAGUGAAGCGCUCAAUGUUGAGCUUUGGAGUGGUAAGAUCAUAAGCCAACUAUGAACAUGGAUUUUCUUGUGUCCGGUUUGAAGCUGUGUCCGUUUGUGCAAAAAAGUAUUAAUACGGUUUUUAUUUUAGAUGGAAAUCUGUUGUCUACGUGUAAUAAAGAAUUUGUCCUUUGGAGCUGA